AUGGGCAAGGACAGUGAUGGGAAUGGGGGUAAAGGGGAGGAACAGGCGCUGGCAGGCACAGUCCUCACCCUCCUCUGCCUCCAGAUGGGCUCUGGUCUGGAGGGGGAAGAGAUGUUUCGCAGCCUGAAGCCUCUGCUCAUCAGUGUCCUGACAGACAGCACGGCCAGCCCUGGCGCCCGGCAAAGUUGUGCCACAGCCCUGGGCAUGUGUUGCUACAUUGCUGCUGCUGACCUCGAGGACUUGGUCUCCUGCCUGUCCUGCUUGGAGGGCGUCUUCAGCACCCCCAGUGCAGGCGAGGGGGGUUCAGCACCCACCCAGCAUGGCCCUUUGCACUGCAGCGCGCUCCAGUCAUGGUCCCUGCUCCUCACCAUCUGCCCCCCUUCCCACAUCAAGAGUGUCUUGGACAAGUAAGUGGGGCAGGCAGCUGUGGGCAGUGCCCAGGGCUGCAGCGUCUCCAAACCCCACUGUUUUUUUGAGGAGGACUUGUGCCACCAAGAUACAGAGUUCCUGCGUGCCCAGCUCAAGGUCCUGGCUACCGAGAGUAAUAAGUACCGAGCCAAGACGGACCGACGGAAGCAGCGCUCCAUCUUCCGGGACAUCCUGCGCUUCAUCGAGAGUGGGGAGUACCAGGAGGAAACCAUCCGAUUUGGCCUGGAGUGCAUGUACCUGGACAGCUGGGCACGCCAGCGGACCUACCAAGCCUUUAAAGAGGUGCUGGGCUCCGGCAUCCGCCACCACCUCCAGAACAAUGAGCUGCUACGGGAGAUCUUCGGCCUCGGGCCCCCCUUGGUGCUGGAUGCGGCCGCUCUGAAAGCCAGCAAGGUCUCCCGCUUUGAGAAGCACCUCUACAACUCAGCUGCCUUCAAAGCCCGCACGAAAGCCCGGAGCCGGGUGCGGGACAAGCGGGCGGACGUGCUGUGA